AUGGUCGAGGCCGCAUACAAAUUUUUGAGCACCCCAAAAGUUCGCGAUAGCCCUUGGGAAGAGCAGAGAGGCUUCCUACUCGGCAAGGGCGUCACCGAGCAGGAAAUCGAAGAAGCAAAGCAAAGGCUCCCGGUCCUUCCCGCUCAAAAUAUUGCAAUGCAACAGUAUCCACCUCCGUACCAACCUAACAAAGUGCGGCAAUUUGUGGAAUCGGCUGCGAUACUGUCCACGGCAGCAUAUGCUGGCUACCAUUUAUUACGCACCUAUGUCCUGCCCCGGUUUAACAUCCCCGAUCCGGCAACGGAAGAGGUGCGCCAGCUCCAACAGCAAAUCAACGAGCUGCAAAAUUCGAUGAAAUUUGUCAUCGAUAGUGUGUCGCAGCAGACACAGACACUCGCGAUGCACCAGGACGAGGUCUCCAAGGCUUUGCUGAUGGUAGGCGUUCGGCAGAAUGAAAUGGAAAGGGUCGAAAAUGGCAUCAGCACAAUCCGGAGUCUGCUCCUCAGCCACAACCAGUUCGCACCCGUGCGGGUCCCUGCCAUGACCACCACGAGUUCGGUCCCCUCAUGGCAGCGGGAACCUCCCAUCAACUUUGCCAAGCCGAAAAAUGACGCGGCAGAAGAGGAAAAGGAGAACGAGAUUCCAAAAGCCGAUGAUGAGGCCGAUGAAUUCCAGGACAGUCCGGUGAACUGGCAGAUGGCCAAGGAUUUCGACGACUACGAGAAGUGUGUAGCUGCCCGAAAAGAUGAGACUCGUGUCGCGCUCCGAGAAAUAUCCCUACUUCGCGAGCUGAACCACGAAAAUGUCGUCAAAUUGCACGAGGUGGUCCGCACGAAGGAGCGUUUUGUGCUCGUCUUCGAAUUUUGCGUGCAGGACCUGAGGCAAUAUUUCGAUUCCCUUGGCGAGCAGCCGAUCGCUGAAGAAAAGGCGAGAAGCCUAACGAAACAAAUGUUUCUCGGCCUAGCCUAUUGCCAUUCCAACGACGUAAUCCACCGCGAUCUCACCCCUCGCAAUAUCCUGCUCGACGUCAACGGCGUGCUAAAGCUCGCCGAUUUCGGGCUUGCAACCGCCUUCAAGUUGCCGAUCCGGGGCUACAGCCAUCAAGUCGUGACAUUGUGGUACAGAUCCCCAGAAUUGUUAUGGGGUGCCCAUCUCUACGGACCAGCAAUUGACAUCUGGUCGGCUGGGUGCAUUUUUGCGGAAAUUGUCUCCGGCGGUGACGUCCUUUUUGAUGGGGACGACGAAGAAGACGAGCUGAAACUGAUCUUCGACUUGCUCGGCGAGCCCUCAGUUGAAAGCUGGCCGGCGGCGGAACGAUUGGCAGGAUAUUAUGAAGUUGAACUCAGCGACGAGCCUGCACAGACAUGGGCCGAUGUUGUUUGCAACUUUUCGCCCGAAGCCGAGGACUUGCUGGAAAAGCUGCUGGUGACGGCUGAGGUGUUAUUGGUUCGACAAGGUGCCGCAGCCCUAUUGAACUGCUAUCGAUGCCUCUACCCCGAAGACGAACUCUUCAUUCGACAAGUCUGCAAGCCCGGCAAAAGCCAUGGCGAGAAGAUCUUCCACAACUUUUUGACGCAUAUAAGAACGUUCGUUCUUGGUGCCAAUACCAAUCUGAAUCAAUGGAAAAACGAUUGGUUCUUUCUGGCGAACGGCGAUCACAUGUGGACCGAAAUCACACAGAACUUCAAAAUGAAGGGCAUCAGCGAGCUGCUGAAUAACAAAUUUUUCAAAAAGGCAUUUGGGCUUGCUUCGCGUGCCAAAUACCAUCAGGGAGACGGCUACGAAUUGCGGAUCGACAACGCGUCGAGGACGGACAUUGGCUUCUACAAAUGUGCGCGUACUCCGGGCAUGAGCGAGAUAGCGACUUCAGGCAACAUUGAGAGCUUGACAUUUCUCGACGUCUACACGAAUCGGGAGAGUAAAAUUCAGGAUUUCCUGGAUAAAGAGAACAUCACGAAAACCAAAGAGGAAAUUGCUAUGGAGGCGGAAUUCGAUGGUGUACGCACGUUUGCAAAGGCGACUCCUUGGUCUCGGUGCAACCGCUGCGGGGCGGUGAUAGGCGAGAUGGUGCGGACAGUGGAAUGCCAUGUGAUGCCGGUCACCUUGUCAAAUCUCUCGUCCGGCUGGGAGCACCUCCGCCUCUUCCAUUCCGUUCCAUGCGCUUCGAGUCUGGUGCCGCUCAGGCAUCGCAAAGAAAUCGGCCGUCACCCGAUCCUCUACCAAUUUCGCAGCUGUCAUAUACAUUGUGAUUCGAAGGAGCACGCCACUCGUGUUUUCCGAUCGAGAGAUCAAUUUGGGAAAGCGUCGUAUGUUGAAAGAAUCCCCGGUGGCGAAUUUAUUUUCGGCGAGCUUUUGCCACGCCUCCACCGCCAAGUUGUCAGGGAAAUUGUUGAGCCCUUCAACGGAGAUCAAUUGGUGCUUCCGUGCAAAUUUGACAAUGACCUCAUGGGAUACUACUGGGCUGGCAACUACAGUGGCCCGUUGACCGCUAGAGUACUACCGCAGAAGAAAAAUGAUAGGAUUUUUAUCGACGGUGACUUCAAUCUGGUAUUCAAGGAGGUGCUGUACGAGGAUGAGGAUGAAUAUAUUUGCGUGGAUGGGAAUGGCGAGCUCGUCGCAUUCUAUCAUCUCAACAUCAGGAAGACCCAGUUCGAGUUGGAGAUGAUCAAAAUAUCUCAGAUGGUCAUUCAGGUGUUCACCCUGCUCUUUGUGGUGGCCCUGAUUCUCGACCUGGCCAGC